AUGGAUACUUAUAGCUCAAUCGAUUUUAAGAAAGGUAUUUAGUAGUUUCUUAAUUAAAUCUAAAGUAAAGUACAAAAACAAAUAUUUCCUCAUGAUUCUAACACAAAUCCCGCAAAUGAUAAUCAGAUGGCUUAAUUUAACUAUCAAAAUUUGUUAGCGAAUUCUCAUCUCCAAAAUAAAGCACUUAGAUCGAUAGAUAAAGUUUCAAGACUGGCAAAGGCUGGAGGUGGAGCAGAUCCAAUACUAGGAGGGAGAACUAAUUCAAGUGUAAAUAAACAAUCUGAGAGUUAUUUCUAAAACUACCAAGCCUAAGAAGACACUACUAGUAACUUUACUGCAGCUAGUAAAGAUAGUUUUUAAAAGAUUCAAGUUCCUAAUAUUUUAAGAGACUCACCAGGAGAAUAAAAAGUAAAAGAAAAUUCUCCAAAUAAUGAGGUUCGAAAGAAUUCUUUACUGAAAAUGGAGAAUAACCCUUUUGAUGCCAAUGACUAAAAAAGAAAAAUACAAAGCUUUAAAAAUCCUUUUUCUAGGGAAUCUUACCUGAAAUUUAGGAAGGAAAUGAUGAAUGUUUAGAAUGUCGAAUAUGGUAUUAUGCCUUCAAAUGAAAGUCUUCAAAAAGAUAAUAGCUCGCAGAGUAACCAAAACUAAUUGAACUCAUAAAGAUUUGAAAUAAGACCUGUCUAAGCAGCAUAGCCUGAAGAAGAAGAUGAAAUUAUAGCGUCAUAAGAAUUAAGUUCAAGUCCAAGAAGUAAAUAAGCUACAUCUCCAAUACCUAAAUAAAAGAGCUAGUAACAAUUCGAUUAAAGUUUAUAAAAGCCGCAGCCAGAGUAGAGUCUUUCACCUAACAAUAAAGCUGAGAAAAUAAUAGGCUCAUAGAUAUAAUCUCCUUCAGGGGCUAAUACUAGUCGGCAAAAAUUACCAAGUGAGAAAGAAAUUAAGCAGAGACAUUUAAAAAAAUUAAAAACAACGAUAAGCAAUACCUUGAAUAAAGACUAAGAAGGAUACCAACAAGUGACAGACACAAUAUCAAAUUAUUUUUAGUUCAAUGAAAUUGGUUAGAUCAAAAGUAUUCUAAGAGAUAAAUUUAAUCUAUUUCAGAAGAAAAACAGCAUGUAUGAGAGGAAGCCCUUGUAUUAACAAAAAUAAAUCUAGGGUAAAAUGAUAGAUGAUAUGGAUAAUAACUUUUUUAAUCAGCAACGAGAGAGAGUUUCAACAAUGAUCAGCAAUAAGUCUAAUCAUGUGGGCUUGUAAAAUAAUAAUAAUAAUAGUGAGGAAGAAAUAUUUUCAAAUAAUACAAAUAUCAAGAUUUAAAUAAGAAAAGCAUCGACUUUCAUUUAGCCACAGCUAAACUUUGCUGAAAAAAGCAAUUCUUAUCAAUUUUUAGAUAAGCAACAUACAAAGAUUAAGGAGGAAGAAGAAAACACAUCAAAGACAGUGACAGAUGACUAGUCAUCUAUGAGAGAAGAUUAAUCCUCAAUGAGAAGAGCAAGACCUGACAUAAUUAGAAAUCUGAUGAAAAAUCAAAAUUUCUAAAGAAUGAUGUCAUAGAACAAAAUGAAGCAAAAAAUUGGCUAGAGAUUUCAUUUACUUGAAAAUGACUACAUUGAUGCCUAUGAAUUUAAUGAAAGUUUAUUAAACAGUGAGUUUCUAAUGUUUGAUAUGCAUCAAAACCAACAGAACUACCUCAGUGAUCAACUACCUUAGGCAAUAAAAGAAAUACCAUUAGACAAACAAAACAUUGAGUAGCUCAAAGUAGAUCUGCAUGGCUUUAACGAAAUAAAAAAUAGAUUAAUUAAAGAUAAUUCAGCUAGAAAGAACAAAACUACAGAGGAUUUCGACAUGAUAUAAUAACUCGAAAGCAUAUUGAAUGAGACUUCAAAUAUCUCAAAUAACACAAUUUAUCACAAUUUUUGGAAUAACCAUGAAUCAUUACUUCACAAAAAAUUAUCUCAAGUUGCUGUCGAAUCUCGACUACCAUAAUUAAAAGAGGAAAUGAAGUAAUAUCUUUCAGAGAGAAGCGUGUAGAGACAAUAGGCCGAAAAAUAUCUAUAAUCUUAGCAAAGCUUUAGAGAUAAAGAACUCUAGAAACUUGAAAAAUCGAACUAUAAUUAAGCAGGACCGAGUAUUGACUUUAAAAAGAAAAAUCUAGAUCAUUACUUGAAACUAAUAGAAAAAAGUAAGAGUGAUCACAAAAUAAAUGAUAAGAUCAUCAAUAACUUGAAGAAGCAAAGAGCAUAUGGGAAAUGGUACAUUAAUGCAAAAGACUUCUAAAAGACAUUAAAUGAUAGUUGA